AGACAGCUCGGGACUCAGGUUCGUGGGAGCGGCGGCCGCGCGUCGCUAUGACCGUCCCGGGGGCCCGUGCUCAGGGCGUCCCCGUGAGGUUUGGGCUCCACAGUCACCGGCGGCUCUGCCCCCGCCCUGGCCACAGUGGGGACAGUCUGGCUUGGCGGGGACGCGCCAGUCCCGCAAACGACGCGGAGUUCCCACCCCGCCGUGCGAGGCAGUGUGGCUGCGGCCCUUCCAGCUCGGGAUGGAGUCAGGGAGCCACCCGCGCCCGAAUGCAGAGGCUCCUGCGAUGGCCCCGGGAGUGAGUCCCCCAGAGGAGCCGGAUUAGGGCUGGAGGCGGCCGAGUCCCCCGAGAGGCCCCUCCCGACAUUCCCGCCUCCGCGCGCCGCUCCCCGGGCCCUCCGCGUCUCUUUCCGGGAGAGCCUCCCUCGGUUCCUGCGCGGCCGCACAGCCUGGACGGAGCGCACGCGGGCACCGGCCUGACUCUCCCAGCCUGAAGCCCUGCUCGCCCUCGGGUGUCCUGGCUGGGCACAGGCGCCAGCGUCCCCCUGGAGAGGAGAGGUCGCCCGGCACCUCUCAGGACAGGCCCAAGUGGGAGUGGGACCCUCCUACCUUCCUGCGGCCUCGGCCCGCGGGGUGGGGGGUGGGAGAGAUGAAAGGCGGUGACCCGUCCCGAACCAUCACCUCUCCAUUAACCAGGGCCCGCAGCCCCGCCCCGCCCCCAGACAUCGAGGAGCCGGGGAGGUGUGAACGGCCUCCUCUGUGCCUCUGAAUCGAAGGCAAUUAGGCCCCGCUUAUCUCGGCAUUAGCCGUGUAUGCAAACCGGGCUCCCGCCCCCUCCUCUUGGGCUUAUAAACGCCGCCGCCUGGCGAGGCCCGAGGUAGAUCCUGCGCCUGGCCAGCCCCGCCUGGCCUUCCCUCCGGCGCACCUGGCCGCCAUGCGCCUCUCCUCCUCCCCUCCUCGUGGCGGGCAGCAGCCCUCCAGCUUUGGCUCCGUGGACUGGCUCUCCCAGAGCAGCUGCUCAGGGACAACCCACACCCCCAGGCCUGCCGACGUCUCCCCGGGGAUCCUCCCUGGCCCGGGCCAGACAUCCGGCGCCCGGCAGCGCCCUCAGGCCGUCAGCAUCAGGGAGGCCGCCAGGUCCUCAAAUCUGCCUGCGCCGGAGAGGGCGGUGGCCGGGUUGAGUAAGGAGCCAAAUACCUUGCGGGCCCCCCGUGUCCGCACAGCCUUCACCACGGAGCAGGUCCGCACCUUGGAGGGCGUCUUCCAGCACCACCAGUACCUGAGCCCUCUGGAGCGGAAGAGGCUGGCCAGGGAGAUGCAGCUCUCAGAGGUCCAGAUAAAAACCUGGUUUCAGAAUCGCCGGAUGAAACACAAACGGCAAAUGCAGGACCCCCAGCUGCACAGCCCCUUCUCGGGGUCUCUCCACGCGCCCCCAGCUUUCCACUCACCGUCUUCUGGCCUUACCAAUGGCCUGCAGCUGCUGUGCCCUUGGGCACCCCUGUCCGGGCCCCAGGCUCUGAUGCUGCCCCCUGGCUCCUUCUGGGGUCUCUGCCAAGUGGCACAAGAGGCCCUGGCCUCUGCGGAGGCUUCCUGCUGCUGGCAGCCUCUAGCAUCCCACCCCCCUACCCCAGGAAGUGGCCGGCCUACGCUGGGACCAGCCCUGUCCACGGGGCCCCGGGGCCUGUGUGCUCUGCCCCAGACAGGGGAUGCAUUUUGAGGAGGCGCCUCAGACUCCCACACUCGCGGUCUUGCUGAUCGCACCUGGCUCCUACCUGGAGGACUCAGCUGUUCUGUUUACAUCGUGGUGACACCUCUCACCCUAACCCACACAAAGGUUCUGGAGAUUUCUGGAGAAUAUAUAUAAAAAAAACUAAAUAUAUAUAUAUACUUUUUUUUUUUUUUUAUUGAGACGGAGUGUUGCUUUGUCGCCCAGGCUGGAGUGCAGUGGAGCAGUCUCGGCUCACAGCAACCUCCGCCUCCUGGUUCAAGCGAUUCUCCAGCCUCAGCCUCCCGAGUAGCUGGGAUUACAGACACCCGCCACCACGCCCGGCUAAUUUUUUCUAUUUUUAGUAGAAAUGGGGUUUCACCAUGUUAGCCAGGCUGGUCUCGAACUCCUGACCUUGUGAUCCGCCCCCCUCAGCCUCCCAAAGUGCUGGGAUUACAGGCGUGAGCCACCGCACCCGGCCCUGAGAAUAUAUUUAUUAAAGCUACCUCUUCACUGAAAGUUACCAAAAGAGUCGGUUUAGGAAGGAAACGAAGGGUCAGUGAACAGAGUCAAAUGCAGAAGGGGGCUUGUCAUGGGUAGGGCUUUCAGAGUACGAUAAAAGGAUCCUUUGUUUUUUAAAAAGGGUUGGAAAAACUGGUUUUCCAGUUGGAAACAGUAAAGGUUGUAAGCUUUGUGUGUAAAAAAGAAAACACGGAAUGCAGGUGUCGUGUUUAUAGCCUUAUGGUUCAAGUCCCUCUUAACAAGAACUCCAAAGCUGGAAAGCAGGAGGGAACAAAGGUGAAAAUGAGGGCGGGGAUGCUGGGGCCCUGCAGUGCGCUGUAGGCUGUGUGUGAGCCAGGACUGUACCCACAGCUUGCUGAGGGCUGCUCUUCUCGGGCCAGGGAAAGCGGGGCAGCCGGGACCUGCGGCUGUGCCUGGACUGAAGCUGUUCCGCAGGUCCCCACCCUCCAACACGUGCUCACCUGUCCCCCUCCUCGCAGCAGCCUCGGGACGAAACAGAAUGACUCAAGGACAGCACUUCCCACAGAAGGUCUGGAAGUGCCCAGAAUGGGAGGCACGGAAGCCCCUCCCGAGGAGGACUCCCACGUUGAUGGACCGUGCUUGGUGCAGACGCCUGACUGUAUGCAUGGAACCUGAGACAAGUGCACAUCCGUCCAUGUCGCCCCAGAGUGCCCAGGAGGCAGGCAGCACGGGGCGCCCAGGCAGACGGGUUCAGCCUGCAGAACCAGAGGCAACCUGUGAAACCCACCCGGCACCCCAACAGGAACAGAAGCGUGGUCCUGCGGCUGCGUUCACAGCGAGUUUCACUUUCCCCUUGCUUGUUUCUUCCUUGUUGGAAGUGUUUACAACUGGCAUGUGCUUUUAAAAUACAGCUUCAGGUAAGAGGGGAACAGCUGCCGUGCAUUGUCCUGGCAAGUGAUGAUGUGACGGAAGCCUGGGCGAGGCCCUCAGAGGGCAGCUGCUG